AUGGGAGUGAACGAUAGUGAAAAUCGCAAAGAUUCGAUUACAUCAUCCACGUCCUCGUCACAUCUGGAUCUGGACUUGUUACAGCGGUUGUUUGUGAAAUUUGAACCGGACUUAAUAAUCGACUCAUAUGAGGAAGCACACGGAUCCGGACGUGGUGACAACUACACGGCUGCAUUAUUUCGCAUUGCACUGAAAGGCCAUACAGAACCUGCAGGUAGCUCGAAAAAGUUAAAAUGGGAAAAGAGCAUUAUCUGCAAACGUCUACCAGAUUGCAAGAUCAAGCGGGAAGCGUUCAAAAGCGAAGCACUAUUCCGCAAUGAGGUUGUCUUCUACAACACCAUCAUGCCCGAGUACAUCGAUUUUCAGCGACGUCAGUUGGACGCGGUGGUUGGUCCCGCGGUAGGAACGAAUGGCAAAGAACCGAAUAGCGCCGUGUUGGAUGGGAACGGCAUCUUCCAGGCAAUCCCACAAUGCUACUUAGCGCGGGACGAUUUGCUCGUGCUUGAGGACUUGCGAGUACGUUCUUUUACGAUGCCCGAUCGCCAAGCUGGAUUGGGACCGAAGCAGCUGGAAGCAGUGUUGGUAGAGUUGGCACAGUUCCACGCAGUCAGUCUCGCCUACAAACAGCGCCAUCCGACGGAAUUCCAAAAGCUUAUUAAUUCCUUGGAAGAGGGUAUUUUCUCGCAGGCUAAUGCGGAAUGGUAUCGCAAAUAUUAUGACGUUCUGACGCGCAAUGCAAUUCAGAUGGUACGACAAACUGUGCCGGAAAAAAAGGAACACCUGGCAAAGUUGGAAGGAUUUCUGAGCAACUGUUUCGGACAUCUAGUGGAUUUAGUAAACCGUCAGAGUGAGCUUUCGGUCAUUUGCCAUGGUGAUUGCUGGACAAAUAAUAUUCUUUUCCGAUAUGCUGAUGAUGGUGCAAUAGCAGAGACAUGCUUAGUGGACUUUCAGCUUAUUCGUCAUGGUUCGCUGGCCCUCGAUCUAGCUUAUUUAAUCUAUUGUUGCACAGACGGCUCCCUGCGCAAGAAGAAUCUGCAACACUGGCUUCAGACAUACCACCACCAGCUAGUACGAUCUCUUCGGCUACUCGUGGGUGAUUUAUUUGACAAUGUGUUUGGCUCGGAAAAGCGGCUGUGGGAACUGAUCAACGACGAGUUCAAGGUAUGUGCCCGCUUUGGACUUGGUACGGCGAUGGACAUGCUUCCAAUCAGCACUUGUUCCUCGGAGGAAGCACCUGAUCUUUAUACAAGCGAUACGGAUACCGCAGCAACGCCUCCUGAACUGAACGUUCCGCCAAAUGAACUAUGUCGACAGAAGAUGACCAUGCUGGUGCUGGAACUGAUUGAUGGAGGAAUGCUCUAA